AUGUUUUCCAUGAGGAUCUUCUCCCUGGUCCUUAGUGUGGCGGGCACAGUUUGGACAACAGAGACCACUGAAGGUGACUUUCUAGCUGAAGGAGGAGGUGUGCGUGGCCCAAGAAUUCCGGAAAGACAACAAUCUGCCUGCAAAGAGACAGACUGGCCCUUCUGCUCUGAUGAAGACUGGAACUACAAAUGCCCUUCUGGCUGCAGGAUGAAAGGGUUGAUUGAUGAAGUCAAUCAAGAUUUUACAAACAGAAUAAAUAAGCUCAAAAAUUCACUAUUUGAUUAUCAGAAGUACAACAAAGACUCUAAUACAGUGUCCAGAAAUAUAAUGGAGAUUUUGAGAGGAGAUUUUGCUGAUGCUGACAACAAAGACAAUACAUUUAACCAAGUGUCAGAAGAUCUGAGAAGCAAAAUUGAGAUCCUGAAGCGCAAAGUCAUAGAACAAGUACAGCAAAUCAACCUUCUGCAGAAAAAUGUCAGGGUUCAGCUAAUAACUAUGAAACAACUGGAGGUGGACAUUGAUAUUAAGAUCCGAUCUUGCCGAGGGUCAUGCAGUAGGGCUUUGUCACGUGAGAUAGAUCUAAAGGACUAUGAAGAUCAGCAGAAGCAACUUGAACAGGUCAUUGCCAAAGACUUACUUCCCUCUAGAGAUAGGCAAUAUUUACCAGUGAUAAAAGUUAGCCUAGUUACAGACUUGGUUCCUGCACAUUUCAAGAGCCAGCUUCAGAAGGCCCCUCCAGAAUGGCAUGCACUAACGGAAAUUCGGCAGAAGAAAAUGGUGUUAGAGAUACCCGGUAGAGUUGUACCUCAUGGAACAGGAUCAGUGCCUGAAAUCCCCAGGGAAACUGGACCUGCUAGUGCUGGCACGCGGAUCCCCGGGAGCUCUGGACCUGGUAGUGCUGGCACACGGAUCCCCGGGAGCUCUGGACCUGGUAGUGUUGGCACGCGUAUCCCUGGGAGCUCUGGACCUGGUAGUGUUGGCACUUGGAUUCCUGGGAGCUCUGGACAUGAUGGUGCUGGCACUUGGACCUCUGGGAGCUCUGGACCUGGUAGUGCUGGCACACGGAUCCCCGGGAGCUCUGGACAUGGUAGUGCUGGCACUUGGACUUCUGGGAGCUCCACAAGUGGAAGUGUCAGCACUUGGAGCUCUGGAAGUUCUGAGCCUGCAAGUUUUAGGCCAGAUAGCUCAGGGCAUGGAAACACCAGCCCUACCAACCCAGACUGGGGCACAUUUGAAGAGGUGUCCGGAAGUGUAAGUCCAGGGACAAAGAAAGAGUACCAUACGGAUAAACUGGUCACUUCUAAAGGAGAUAAAGAGCUUCUGAUUGGUAAUGAGAAGGUCACCUCUGGUAGCACAACCACCACUCGUCAUGCAUGCUCUAAAACUGUUACUAAGACUGUUACAGGUCCUGAUGGUCGCAAAACAGUUACCAAAGAAGUGGUACACUCAGAAGAUGGUUCUGACUGUGGUGACGCAGUUGAUUUAGGCUCAUUGCAUACUUUCCCUGGCAGGGGUAGCCUAGAUGAUUUCUUUCAUAGGCACGCUGGUGAAGCUGUUUUGUUGGACCCCUUUCGCAGUAGGACUCUGUCUGUGGGCUCAGAAUCUGACAGCUUCUCAGACUCUCAUCACUUUGGUGUCCCUGAGUACCCUUCCACUGGUAAAACUUCAAGUCACAGCAAACAAUAUGUGACCACUAGCACGAAGUUCAGCAGAGGAGGCUCCACACUUGAAACUAAGGCCUUUAAAAUGGCAGAUGAGGCUGGAAGUGAAGAAGAUCUUGAUGACCUCAGAGGAGCACAUACCACCAAGGGAGGCCAGGCUAAAGCUCGCUUUCCCAGAGACUGUGAUGAUGUCCUCCAAACACAUCCUUCAGGGGCCCAAAGUGGCAUUUUCAAUAUCAAGCUCCCGGGAUCCAGUAAGAUUUUUUCUGUUUAUUGCGAUCAAGAGACCAGUUUGGGAGGAUGGCUUUUGAUCCAGCAAAGAAUGGAUGGAUCACUGAAUUUUAACCGGACCUGGCAAGACUACAAGAGAGGUUUCGGCAGCCUGAAUGACAAAGGGGAAGGAGAAUUCUGGCUAGGCAAUGAACACCUCCAUUUAUUAACCCUGAGGGGCUCUGUCCUUCGGGUUGAAUUAGAGGACUGUUCUGGGAACGGGGCUUAUGCAGAAUAUCACUUCCGGGUAGGCUCUGAGGCUGAAGGCUAUGCCCUGCAAGUCUCCUCCUAUGAGGGCACGGCGGGUGAUGCUCUGAUUGAGGGUUCUGUAGAGGACGAGACAGAGUACCCUUCUCAUGCCGGCAUGAAGUUCAGCACCUUUGACAGGGAUGCAGACCAGUGGGAAGAGAACUGUGCAGAAGUCUACGGAGGAGGCUGGUGGUACAACAACUGCCAAGCGGCCAAUCUCAAUGGCGUCUACUACCCUGGGGGUUUCUAUGACCCAAGGAACAACAGUCCUUAUGAGAUUGAGAAUGGAGUGGUCUGGGUCCCCUUCAAAGGUGCAGAUUAUUCCCUCAGGGCUGUUCGCAUGAAAAUCAGGCCCCUGGUCACCCAAUAG